CGAUUGCCUUCAAAUCUCUUCACAUCCACAAAAUCUCUCUCUCAGCUGGGGUUCAUAAUUUCCGAUUGGGGGCGAAGAUGAUCGAGGUCGUGCUCAACGAUCGUCUAGGAAAGAAGGUACGUGUGAAGUGCAACGAGGACGAUACGAUCGGAGACUUGAAGAAGCUUGUAGCCGCUCAGACCGGAACCCGGGCUGAGAAAAUCAGGAUCCAGAAGUGGUAUAACAUCUAUAAGGAUCAUAUCACUCUUAAGGAUUACGAGAUUCAUGACGGCAUGGGGCUGGAACUCUAUUACAAUUGAUUACGUAUCGCUGUGAGUUUUUACGGCUUCUUUGAAUCUUGAUGAAUUAUGAUCGCGUGUUGGUUUUUUUAAGAUUUAUCUUACAUUAUUUUGUUGUUGGAUUCGAUUUGUAGAACGUCUUGUUUUAGUUUUUUUUUGAUUUUAGGGUUCGUUUGAUGAUUAAGAUGGAUGGAAGCGCGUGUUUUUAGACGUUAUGUGGAUUAAUUUUCGAUGGAUGUGGAACGUGGUUAUGUCUGUGGUAACGGUGGAUAUCGAAGUGUCAAACCACAGUGCAAACACUUUCUGACAUAAGGAUCCCGUUCUCUUUCCUUUUUAUUUCUUGGAGAUUUAUGUAUUCAUAGAAAUAUGAAAUGGGUUACUAGUUUUUGAAAUCAAGGUAUUUUCUCUGAUGUAUGGGUGUUUUCUCUCUCCGAGGUUUGGAAAUCCUUUGGAGAAUGUAGGCCUUGUAAUCUUUGGUCUGCUUAACGAACGCUCAAUGUUUUGAUGUCCAUAACCUGUUUGUUUGUGGAAUUAGCUACCCUGUGGAUGACAACGCGUUCUUCAGAGCAUCUGAAAUUCUUUAUGGAGGGAGUUGUUUAUUUUGAGAAACCUACUUAAAGUUUAACCAGAUAUUUUUGUGCACAUCUUAAUUCUCUGUUAAUUGACUCCUUAUUGUAGGGGACUUCAUCCUUUUUCCCAUUAUCUUCAAUUAUCUCCAACUUUUUAAACAAGCAUUUUGAAGUUCUAUUCCCUAUGCUGCCUUUUACCAUUGGUUGUGUGCUUAAAGGGUGCCGGAGUCACGCAUAAUUGGUGUAGUAUUCUCUUCGUUUUAAUAUUAGAUCAGGAGGUAUCUGUAGUCCUUUCACCAAAACCGCGGCCAUCCAUGAAGCUGAUUUAAAGUUGUCAAAUGGUGACCAAUAGGAAUGAAACAGUUUCAAGUAACUGGAAUGCUGAGAGGCGGCCACCAAACUGAUCUGGUACUUUUUCUCUCCCAUCUCUCAGAACCGUUCAUGAAAUAGUUCUUAAAUCUACAGAGAGAAUCUCGGCAUGGGGCUGGAACUCUGUUACAAUUGAUCGUAUUGCUGUGAGUUUUUACGACUUUUUUGACUGAUUCUUGAUGUGUUAUGAUCGCGUGUUGGUGGUUCCUAUAUGAUUCGUCUAGUGCUGUUUUGUUAUGGGUUGUGUUUAAGGUUCUGGCUCUCUAAGACGAUCAAUCAGAGAUUAAUUUUCGAUGGAUGGAUGGGGUGACGGUGGAUGCCGCCGUAUUGUGUAAAUCGAAGUGCAGAUACUUUGUGGCAUAAGGAUUCCCUUUCGUUUCCUUUUUCUAUUUUGAAAUAUGGUAUUUCCUCUGAUGUAUCGGCGUUUUCUCUCUCUCCGAGGUAUGGAGAUCUAUGGGCGUUCUCUCUCUGAGGUUUGGAAAUCCUAUGAAAGACGCGUACCUGUUUGUGGAAUUACCUACUUUAUGGAUUACAAUGGGUAGCUCAAGUAUUGGAAAUUUCUUUGUGAAGGGGAGUUUGUUUAUUUGAGAAACUUAUUUUAAAGGAACCAUAUAUUUGUUAUGCUCAUCUUAAUUUUCUUUUAAUUGACUCCUUAUUGUAGGGGCUUCAACAUUUUCCCAUAUUCUCCAGGUCUUUAAAUGAGCCAGAAAUUUUAAUCUUAAGUUGAUGCUUAGUUGUUGUGUGGCUAUGUCAUGUGCUGCCGCCCUGUCUCAUUGGGUUUUAUGCUUAAAGAGUGCAAGAUUCACGCAUAAUUUUCCAUUCCAAGUAUAGAUGGUAUGGUCUUCUCUUCGUUUUAAUAUUAGAUGAGAAGCUAUCCGUUAUCCAUCACCAAAAUUGCGCCACUCUUGAAGCCGAUCUAAGUUUUCUUCUAAAAUAAUGAAUUUUUGAUCCAUGAUCGUUCUCAUUGUUUAGGUUCAUAUAGUGAGAUGUGAAUUAGUAUAGUUUCCUCAUGGUGACAAAUAGGAACACAACAGGUUCAAAGUAACUGGGGAAUGCUGAGAGGAGACCGCCAAGCUAAUCUGGUAUAUUUUUCUCAUAUAUUUUUCUCUCCCAUCUCUCAAGACCAUUUGAAACAAUUAUAUCUACAGUGGCAGAAGGGUUCAGGAUGAGAUUCUUGUGUUAUUUUACUGACAAUGAAUCCAUUUAUUGUCAGUAAGAUAACACAAAAUUUGCUAUUUUUUGUCAUCGAACUUUGCUAUUUGAUAAGAAGUCACUUUUUUAUACCAAGGGUAGGCAUUUCCUUGAUUUCUAUAUGAACCAUUUCUUUCUAAAUAACGAUGGUGUCCCUUCGAUGAUAGAAUUUUAUUUGUUCUGUUAGACACCGUCUACCAUCUAUUGGUCAUCUGAUGGGAGUAGCAUCUCUCGUGGUGUGAAGGUAAAACUAUUUUUGCCUCAUGGUUCAUAAGUUGAUUAGAUUGGCGGAAUUGAGGAUCAAGAGCCGGGUUUGUGGUUCCUUCUCUUUGGCUGUUCAGUUAGCAAAUUCUACUCCAAUGUGUUUCUCUAUCGUAAUAUUUUUGACUCAGGUUGUGGACUUCAAUUGUUAAAGAUUCGUGGGGGAUUUAGGUGUCUUGUGGCGUUUCGCAAGAGCGUUUUUGGAGUAAUAUUGUCAUAUCUGACUAACGAUACCAAAUACCAAAUUUAUUUUUGAUUUGAUUCAGCAAACAGUACUGGCUUAAUUGUACUGAAUGAACUAUGUUACCUCCCUCCUUUUGACUUUGAUAAGUGUAUUUCCUUCCUAGGAUCUUGAGUUGUGGUAGUUUAUUAAAAUAUAAAGGUUGAGUUGGGUUUUAGUGCCGUUAA